CGCCCGCCCGCCCGCCCGCCAUGGAGCCCUGCCCCGACGGCCCCGCCGCCUCCAGCCCAGCUGCCAUUCGUGAGGGCUGGUUCCGGGAGACGUGCAGCCUGUGGCCCGGCCAGGCCCUGUCGCUGCAGGUGGAGCAGCUGCUACACCAUCAGCGCUCGCAGUACCAGGAUAUCCUUGUCUUCCGCAGUAAGAGCUACGGCAACGUGCUGGUGUUGGACGGCGUCAUCCAGUGCACAGAGAGAGACGAGUUUUCCUACCAGGAGAUGAUAGCCAACCUGCCCCUCUGCAGCCACCGCAAUCCCCGCAAGGUGCUGAUCAUCGGCGGCGGGGAUGGGGGUGUCCUGCGGGAGGUGGUGAAGCAUCCCUCCGUGGAAUCGGUGGUCCAGUGUGAGAUCGAUGAGGAUGUCAUUCGGGUCUCCAAGAAGUUCCUGCCGGGCAUGGCCAUUGGCUACUCCAGCUCAAAGCUGACGCUACAUGUGGGUGACGGUUUUGAGUUCAUGAAACAGAACCAGGAUGCCUUCGAUGUUAUUAUCACUGACUCCUCAGACCCCAUGGGUCCUGCUGAGAGUCUCUUCAAGGAGUCCUAUUACCAGCUCAUGAAGACGGCCCUCAAGGGGGAUGGCAUCCUCUGCUGCCAAGGGGAGUGCCAGUGGCUGCACCUGGACCUCAUUAAGGAGAUGCGGCAGUUCUGCAAGUCGCUCUUCCCCGUAGUGGACUACGCGUACUGCACCAUCCCCACCUAUCCCAGCGGGCAGAUUGGCUUCAUGCUGUGCAGCAAAGACCCAAGCACCAACUUCCGGGAGCCUGUGCGGCAGCUGAUGCAGAAGCAGGUGGAACAGAUGCAGCUGAAAUACUACAACUCCGAUGUACAUCGCGCAGCCUUCAUUCUGCCCGAGUUUGCCCGCAAGGCCCUGAAUGAUGUGAGCUGAGCCCUGCUGCCACUGCAGACACCGCCCAGGAUCUGGAGCAAGGAAGCCUCCAGGGCGCCUGGGCCCUGACAGCCCUGGACAAGACCCCUGCCAGUGUGCCCGCCAACCAAGUGUUACAGGCCCCAGAAUGCUGCCCGGCCUGCCCUGCUGGGCAGACUGUCUGUCUCUCUCUGUGGGGGUCAGCCUCCACGCCUAUACCAGCUGUGUAUAGCACUGUCUCCACCUUCUGUCACCCCUUACUCACCAAACACGUGUAUUUAUAACAAA